UUUAACUGUUACGAGAUGUUGCGAAAAUGUUAAUUUACCUUAGUUACAGAGUUUUAGCAUCAGCUUCAUUUGCGAUAUAACCUGUUUCGAAGCUGCAACCUUAAAAAGAGCCGGGGGGAGUAUUGUGAUGACAGUUUUCAGGUACUGCGUAUAUGUAGGGCAGUUAGUAGAGGAAAGUGCUUUCAUUUUGCAGGUGAGAGGGAAUGAAACAAGGUCUAGCUAUUGGGCUUUGUUAUGAAAAACAUAUUUGACCACUUACUGAUUGUUUCUGAUACUAAGCUUGGAACGAAGGAUACUGGAGAUCUAAUUAGGUGUUCUCAUGUACCGUUCUAUUGAGCUGGAUUUGAAUUGCUGUUUCAAAAUAUUUUUCGGAAAGAAAGUCAUUAAUUGGUGAACUAUUUUUCAGAAGCUAAAAGAUUUCAUCUUCAUUUCUGAGUUGCUUACUUGUAACCACAGCAUUCAGUUCUAAGCGAUGGAGGUUGCUUUAUGUGCUGCUUUGACAACAGUUUGGUGGAUAUCAUCAAUGUCUGUUUUGUUGCCAUUUGUGCUUCUUUUGAAAUACAGCAAGACAUUUCGAGAUAAAUGGUUCUCUUGGUUUUUCAUGAGAUGCUUGGGUCCAAUAUUUCAACCUAAAUUAGUACCGUUUCGAAAACAGUGCUUCGAACUCUUGAAAGAACAUUUAAAAGACUGGGAUAAAUCCCGCCCUAUUAGAAUAUUAGAGAUAGGAAUAGGUUCCGGAGCCAAUUUGCAAUUUUAUCCAGAUAAUUCUCAUUUGACUGCUGUAGAUAUGAAUGCAUCUUUUGAGACGUAUUUCCGCGAGAACCAAAAGAAAUAUCCUCAAGUAACAUACGAAAGAACAGUUUUGUGCAUGGCGGAGAAUAUGCAUGAGAUAGAAGAUUCGUCCAUGGAUGUUGUAAUUUCAACUUACGUUCUUUGCAGCGUUGAAAACAUUGAAGCUGUUUUAAAAGAGGUGAAACGGGUCUUGAAAAAAAAUGGCAAAUUUCUUUUCUUGGAACAUGUUGCAUUUCCAGAAAGUGAAUGGAGCUUCACAAUUCAAAGGAUUAUAGCACCGCUAUGGGCCCUCUAUUUUGACGGUUGUUAUCCACAUAGAAAUAUUGGUGACCAAGUUCAUGAAGCUGGAUUCUCGAACGUUGUUUGCAAAAAAAUGAAUCCUUCAUCUGUGUUGCUUUUUAUUAGGCCUCAUAUAAUAGGUAUUGCCACAAAAUGAGUGUUAUACAUGACUAUAUUAAAUUAUGCUUAAGUUCUAAAGGAAGUUACAUACUUACGUUUUAAGGUUGGAAAAUGAUAUAUGGCAUAGAGAAUUUUAAAGUUUUGUUUCAUUGUUAUAUUUUUCCCAUUGUAAACAUGUAUAUCAUAUUUUAUGUAUCACAUACCUCCCAUUGAUUCAAAGGUGAUAAUUUUAUCUCAUGAAUAAUUUCCUUUUAGAAAGAGAAGGAAUGAAUGAAAUAUUUAUUUCGUUGAAUAAUACAGAUGAUAUUUUAAAUAUGUGUACAAAGUUAUGUUCUCUAAUUUAAAUUAGCAUAAAUUUCAGUUAACCUAGAAACCUAGAAUGUUGUCUUAAAUUUGCUGAAAACUGAAGUAUAACGAGAAAAAAUAGCAUAAAUAUAUAAAAGGAUGAAAUCUCACACAUAGACAAAAUAAAUAAAUAAAUUUAUUAAAAUGAAUAAAUAAAUAGUGAAAAGGAAUAGAAGUAUCCAGAAACAAAGAUAUAUGUGGCUUCCUGUGAAAAGAUCUUUAUUGCCUGAGAAAGCUCUUGUUAUUUUUAUAACUUAAAACGAAAUUUGCUAGUGAAACAAUGAAAUGUUCUAACUUCGUGCAAUCUAAGUUAUAUCUUUGCUAUUUGUUUGAUAUUUUAAAGGUAAAUAAGCAAAAAUAUCAGGUUUUGUUAAAAAUUUCAUAUUCUCCGCAAAUUAUGCAUUACUUGUCUUCCGGUAGUUGUUUAAAAAAGGUAGGGAAUUUGAUAUGAUAAGCAUUCGAGAGUUAUCUGCUUUAGUGGACUUUUUAAGGAAGAACGGUCAGUAAUUAUAACACAGAGAGGGAGAGGGAUCACAAAAAUAAAUACGUAGCUAGUUUGCUCUAUUUCCUGAAAUAAAAUGCAAACUGUAUUACCAGUGUUCAGCAGUUAUGUAGCAACUGCUUAUCAUCAAAAGCAAUAUUAUUUAAUACGUUAUUUUUAACUAUCUAGAUCUAUUACGUCUUAGUUUUCUACAUGCCACCCAGAAGGGAAAGUGGUUAGAGACUCUGACUGGCGUAUCGAAGGGCCCGAGUUCGAAUCUCUGAGAAGGUAUAGAUGUAAUUGGUCCGUCCCUUCAUAGGACGCAAUGGUGUCCCACCUAUUAGUUGCCUUCAUAAUAAAGAGAUCAGUGCCUAGUGCGUCGCGCAGCCGCACCACAGGUCCGGGGUUCGAUCCCCGGGCUGAGCAAGGUUUACUCAGCCUUUCAUCCCUUGGAUGGGUCGAUAAAAUGAGUACCAAGUUCGCUUGGGGACUAAACACCGGGGGUCCUGCGACAAGCCAACCACUUGCCCAGGGCAUAAGCUGAUGCACUGAAGGGCCCAAGGUCAAGAAAGCAGGGGCACUGUAGGCCGUGGCUCACUAGGGCUGUUACGCCACUGAGUUUAGUUUAUAAAAAAAGAGAUCACCGCUUCCGGUCUUAGUGAGUGUGGCCAACGCCUAUAAACGGUUAGAGCCCACCUUUGGGGGGGGGGAACUUUCUACAGAAGUAGAAAUAGAGCUUUCGCUGAUCUAAGGUUCGCGAAAGUAGGGUAACAUAAGGAGUUCAUUGAAGUUUACAGAUUUAGUAUUGACCGCAGCAGCACUUUCUAGGAAUAAUGAGAAGACUAUAAAAUUAUAAGAGUUAUUUAUUAAAGUAACCUUACCUGUGUUUAUUGUAAAAUAAAAUUGUAACAUAAAAUUGUGUUUAAUAUUCUGAAUAACUGUAAAUUCAAAGUGAGCAGGAAAAUAAACAUCUUAACCUAAUCGGAACAAAAGCUCAAUUUAGUUGAUUACUAUAUUGUUUGAUAACAUUAGUCAAAUCUAAAUAAUCUCACACUCAUCCAGCUAUGAACUGACCUUUAAUGAAUGUUUCCCAAUUCUUCUUUAUUCCAAGAAUUGAAAAUAUAAUACAACUAGGCAGAAGGUGUGUAAUUAACAGUUCCGAUACCUCGCCAGCUUUCUUUUUUUCUUACAUAUUGACGAAAUUACAGAACCAGAUUGAAAUCCAUACAGUCUGUUUCAUACCAUUUCUAAACUUAUCAUUCAUCCCGGAGGCUGUGCAUGUUGAAACAAAAGAGUCAGGAAAUGUUUAAUAAAACUCAACUAAUACAAAUAAUACUUAGAAGUUGAAAUUCAAAGCGAUUUAUUAUAUGUUGUAAACAUCAGUACAUAACGUUAUUUAACAUGUAACAUACCUUUUAAGUUGCGAAAUGUCCUCAGUCUACAGGUAUUUCGGGAACAAAUAUCUGUAGUUUCUUUGCGAUGCAUGAGAGGAUAGUUCUUUCAUAAAUUUCGCUUUUUUUCACAACGUGAGAAAAGCGACAGGAAAUUACAUUCUAAGGAAGUAUUUCCAUAAUAAAAAAAAAGUAUCAGAAAUGUUUAAGUAAUUAAUUCAUAACUUUAUAAUUUAUUAGAUUUUUCAGAAGGAAUAUCUAAUGAAAGAAUCGAGACCUAAAAGCCUUCUGCAUGGCAUACAAGGUUAAUUAUGAGUUGAAUAAAAUGAGUUAAAAUUAGUGAAUAGGCAUUAUUAAAAGAGAAAACACGAAAAACCAACAACCCUUCUUCUAUACGAGUUACGAAGGUUUUGGCAAGAAACAGUUUAAUUUUUUUUAGCGAAAGCAAAAUAACGGAAAAAAGGUAUGGUAAUACUUACGCAUCAAAGACACAGUAAUCCUGCAUUUGGUUUCUGAAAGAUUUUUAACUUUCAGGAAUACUAUUAUAAAAUAAUAUUAUAAUAAUUUAGGCCGAUAUUAAUGAUUCAGGUAAUUGCUGUAUAAGAAAUUUAGAGACAUGCUGUUGCUGAGCAGAACAGUAACUAGGAAGUCUAUAUGGAAUUAUUUUGAUUGUAUACAUAAUUUUGAUUCCCAUGAUGUUAAUAAUAACUAUUUCGGAGAUAUCUGAAUUUCAAUGUAUAAAUUUGUUUCAAAGAAAUAAAUUUUUUUAUCAAACAGUGAGAUUUUUGUAAAGUGUUUAGUUUUAAUACCUACCUAAUCAGUGUUAUUUUUCGGACUUCAAGGUUCAUUCAAGUUAUACAGUUAAAUACUAUUGUUUUAGCUCUAGUUAAAGAUAGUUUUAACAGUACUCAUAUAAAAUUAUACGAAACAGCAACCUAUUCUGGCGUAUAUUUUGCUUUCUAAGGCAGGUCCAUUUUCUUCAGGAGCAAAUAAUGUUUUGCCUAAUUUUAUGCUUGAUAUUGGUGUUUUUUUUAGUUUGAACAGUAAUCAUAUUUAUUUGUUUAAAUAUAAAUCAAAGAAUUAACGAACUGAAAAAUAUUUCUUGAAAUAGUUUUGGCGAUAGAAAAGAGGCUAAUGUAGUGAAGAAAUUAAUGUAAUUCAAAAUGCCAAUGAUUUGUUGAAAGGUUAUAUAAUAUUGCAUUUUAUACAAAUAUUAAAAUUCGUGGGCAUUUGAAAUGCCUAUUAAUGACCAACUAUUAAUAUCAGUAGUAUUAGUUAUUAGUAGAAAAAUAUUAUGUAAUAACUAUUGAAAUGAAGUGAAUUGUAAAGAUUUUCAUUAUAAAAAUUUUAAAGCUGUAUGUAGUUUUUUGCAGUAAAUUGAAAACUGUUUCAGCAUAUUUGAAUAUUAUCCCAAAUGCAUGAUUAAUGUAGAUGCCUUUUUUUAAAAAAUCUUGUAUGCUGUCAGGGUAAGUGAAUUUAAAAUAGUUUGUUUGUGUAACAUUUCGCUGUAGUAAUUUCUGAAAUAAAGGGAAUUCAUGUAAAAAGA